ACAGACUUGGAAUCUCUGAAAGAACUUAGAAUCAGCAUUUUGAGAGCAGAAGCGUGGCCAUGCUGUGAUUUUCCAAUAAACUGCUAUCACAAUGUCAAAAUGCAGUUCAGACAGCAGCAACACAGAGAUCUCAAACAUUAAAACGUAAGCUGUGCUAGGACAAAAAUGCAAUGAAAGAAACACUGGAUGAAUGAAAAGCCCUGCUUUGCAACCCCUCAGCAUGGCAGGCCUGCAGCUCAUGACCCCUGCUUCCUCACCAAUGGGUCCUUUCUUUGGACUGCCAUGGCAACAAGAAGCAAUUCAUGAUAACAUUUAUACGCCAAGAAAAUAUCAGGUUGAACUGCUUGAAGCAGCUCUGGAUCAUAAUACCAUCGUCUGUUUGAACACUGGCUCAGGGAAGACAUUUAUUGCAGUACUACUCACUAAAGAGCUGUCCUAUCAGAUCAGGGGAGACUUCAACAGAAAUGGAAAAAGGACCGUAUUCUUGGUCAACUCUGCAAACCAGGUUGCUCAACAAGUGUCAGCUGUCAGAACUCAUUCCGAUCUCAAGGUUGGGGAAUACUCAAACCUAGAAGUAAAUGCAUCUUGGACAAAAGAGAGAUGGAACCAAGAGUUUACUAAGCACCAGGUUCUCAUUAUGACUUGCUAUGUCGCCUUGAAUGUUUUGAAAAAUGGUUUCUUAUCACUGUCGGACAUUAACUUGUUGGUGUUUGAUGAGUGUCAUCUUGCCAUUCUGGAUCACCCCUAUCGAGAAAUUAUGAAGCUCUGUGAAAAUUGUCCAUCAUGUCCUCGAAUUUUGGGACUAACUGCUUCCAUUUUAAAUGGGAAAUGUGAUCCAGAGGAAUUAGAAGAAAAGAUUCAGAAACUGGAGAAAAUCCUUAAGAGUAAUGCUGAAACUGCCACUGACCUGGUGGUCUUAGACAGAUAUACUUCUCAGCCAUGUGAGAUUGUGGUAGAUUGUGGACCAUUUAUUGACAGAAGUGGGCUUUAUGAAAGACUGCUGAUGGAAUUAGAGGAAGCACUUAAUUUUAUCAAUGACUGUAAUAUAUCUGUACAUUCAAAAGAAAGAGAUUCUACUUUAAUUUCUAAACAGAUUCUGUCAGACUGUCGUGCAGUAUUGGUAGUUCUGGGACCCUGGUGUGCAGAUAAAGUAGCUGGCAUGAUGGUGAGGGAACUUCAGAAGUACAUCAAACAUGAGCAAGAGGAGCUGCACAGGAAGUUCCUAUUGUUUACAGACACUUUUCUGAGGAAAAUCCAUGCACUGUGUGAAGAGCACUUCUCACCUGCCUCGCUGGACCUGAGAUUUGUGACUCCUAAAGUAAUAAAACUGCUAGAAAUCUUGCGCAAAUAUAAACCAUAUGAGCGGCAGCAGUUUGAAAGUGUCGAGUGGUACAACAACAGGAACCAGGACAAUUAUGUGUCUUGGAGUGAUUCUGAGGAUGAGGAUGAGGAUGAAGAAAUUGAAGAAAAAGAGAAGCCAGAGACAAAUUUUCCUUCUCCAUUUACCAAUAUUUUAUGUGGAAUUAUUUUUGUGGAAAGAAGAUACACAGCAGUUGUCCUAAACAGAUUGAUAAAGGAAGCUGGCAAACAGGAUCCAGAGCUGGCUUAUAUCAGCAGCAACUUUAUAACUGGACAUGGCAUUGGAAAGAAUCAGCCUCGAAACAAACAGAUGGAAGCAGAGUUCAGAAAACAGGAAGAGGUACUUAGGAAAUUUCGAGCACAUGAGACAAACCUGCUUAUUGCAACGAGUAUUGUAGAAGAGGGUGUUGAUAUUCCAAAAUGCAACUUGGUGGUUCGUUUUGAUUUGCCCACAGAGUAUCGAUCCUAUGUUCAAUCUAAAGGAAGAGCAAGGGCACCGAUCUCUAAUUACAUUAUGUUAGCAGAUACAGACAAAAGAAAAAGUUUUGAAGAAGACCUGAAAACCUACAAAGCAAUUGAAAAGAUUUUGAGAAACAAAUGUUCCAAGUCUGUUGAUACUGGUGAGGCUGAUGUUGAUCCUGUUGUGGAUGACGACGAUGUUUUCCCACCGUAUGUGUUGAGGCCUGAUGAUGGGGGUCCCCGGGUAACAAUCAACACAGCCAUUGGACACAUCAAUAGAUACUGUGCUAGAUUACCAAGUGAUCCGUUUACUCAUCUAGCUCCCAAAUGUAGAACCCGAGAGUUGCCUGAUGGUACAUUUUAUUCAACUCUUUACCUGCCAAUCAACUCACCUCUUCGAGCCUCCAUUGUUGGCCCACCAAUGAGCUGUGUGCGAUUGGCUGAAAGAGUCGUAGCUCUCAUUUGCUGUGAAAAACUGCACAAAAUUGGUGAACUGGAUGAACAUUUGAUGCCAGUUGGAAAAGAAACUGUUAAAUAUGAGGAAGAGCUUGAUUUACAUGAUGAAGAAGAAACCAGUGUUCCAGGAAGACCAGGUUCCACAAAGCGAAGGCAGUGCUACCCAAAAGCAAUUCCAGAGUGUUUAAGGGAUAGUUAUCCCAAACCCGAGCAGCCCUGUUACCUGUAUGUGAUAGGAAUGGUCUUAACUACUCCGUUACCUGAUGAACUUAACUUCAGAAGGCGGAAGCUCUAUCCCCCCGAAGACACCACACGAUGCUUUGGGAUACUGACAGCCAAACCCAUACCUCAGAUUCCACACUUUCCUGUGUACACACGCUCUGGAGAGGUCACCAUAUCCAUUGAGUUGAAGAAGUCUGGAUUCACGUUGUCUCUGCAGAUGCUCGAGUUGAUUACAAGGCUUCACCAGUAUAUAUUUUCACAUAUUCUUCGGCUUGAAAAACCUGCACUAGAAUUUAAACCUACAGACGCUGAUUCAGCAUACUGUGUUCUACCUCUUAACGUUGUUAAUGACUCCAGCACUUUGGACAUUGAUUUUAAAUUCAUGGAAGAUAUUGAGAAAUCUGAAGCGCGCAUAGGCAUUCCCAGCACAAAGUAUUCAAAAGAAACUCCCUUUGUUUUUAAAUUAGAAGAUUAUCAAGAUGCAGUUAUCAUUCCAAGAUACCGCAAUUUUGAUCAGCCUCAUCGAUUUUACGUAGCUGAUGUGUACACUGAUCUUACCCCACUCAGUAAAUUUCCUUCCCCUGAGUAUGAAACUUUUGCAGAAUAUUAUAAAACGAAGUAUAACCUUGACCUGACCAAUCUCAACCAGCCACUGCUGGAUGUGGACCACACAUCUUCCAGACUUAAUCUUCUGACACCUCGACAUUUGAAUCAGAAGGGGAAAGCUCUUCCUCUCAGCAGUGCUGAAAAGAGAAAAGCCAAGUGGGAGAGUCUGCAGAAUAAACAGAUAUUGGUUCCAGAACUCUGUGCUAUACAUCCAAUUCCAGCAUCGCUGUGGAGAAAAGCAGUCUGUCUCCCCAGUAUACUUUAUCGCCUUCACUGCCUUUUGACUGCAGAGGAGCUAAGAGCCCAGACAGCCAGUGAUGCUGGCGUGGGAGUUCGAUCACUUCCUGCGGAUUUUAGAUACCCUAAUUUAGACUUCGGGUGGAAAAAAUCUAUUGACAGCAAAUCUUUCAUCUCAAUUUCUAACUCCUCUACGGCUGAAAAUGAUAAUUACUGUAAGCACAGCACAAUUGUAGUCCCUGAAAAUGCUGCACAUCCGGGUGCUAAUAGAACCUCCUUAGAAAACCACGACCAAAUGUCUGUGAAUUGUAGAGCAUUACUCAGCGAGUCGCCGAGUAAGCUUCAGAUUGAGGUUUCAACAGAUCUGACAGCAGUUAAUGGUCUUUCUUACAAUAAAAACCUUGCCAAUGGCAGUUACGACUUAGCUAACAGAGACUUUUGCCAAGGAAAUCAGCUGAAUUACUACAAGCAGGAAAUACCUGUACAACCAACUACCUCAUAUCCCAUUCAGAAUUUAUACAAUUAUGAGAACCAGCCCAAGCCCAGCGAUGAAUGUACUCUACUGAGUAAUAAAUACCUUGAUGGAAAUGCUAACAAAUCUACCUCAGAUGGAAAUCCCGUGAUGGCUGCGAUGCCCGGUACGACAGACACCAUUCGAGCGCUUAUGGACAGGAGGGGUGCUGAGCAGAGCCCUUCUGUUGGGUACUCCUCGAGGACUCUUGGCCCCAAUCCUGGACUCAUUCUUCAGGCUCUGACUUUGUCAAAUGCCAGUGAUGGGUUUAACCUGGAGCGGCUUGAAAUGCUUGGCGACUCCUUUCUAAAGCAUGCCAUCACCACGUAUCUGUUUUGCACUUACCCUGAUGCUCACGAGGGCCGCCUUUCGUACAUGAGAAGCAAAAAGGUCAGCAACUGUAAUCUCUAUCGCCUUGGCAAAAAGAAGGGACUGCCCAGCCGCAUGGUGGUGUCGAUAUUUGAUCCCCCUGUGAAUUGGCUUCCUCCUGGUUAUGUGGUAAAUCAAGACAAAAGUAACACAGAUAAAUGGGAAAAGGAUGAAAUGGCCACCAGAGGGCGGCUGGGGCCUAUGCGCUGUGACGCAGCUGCCCAGUGGACAGUGGGAGAGCGCUGGGGCCUCUCCAGCCACACACAUCUUCAGGCAGCUUCGUGUCCCAGGUUAUCUGCACCAAAGACAAAAGACUGCAUGUUGGCUAAUGGCAAACUGGAUGACGACUCGGAGGAGGAGGAGGAAGAGGAGGAGGAAGAGGAGGAGGAGGAGGAGGACCUGAUGUGGAGGGCUCCGAAGGAGGAAGCCGAGUAUGAAGAUGAUUUCCUGGAGUAUGAUCAGGAGCAUAUCAAGUUCAUAGAUAACAUGCUGAUGGGCUCAGGAGCUUUUGUAAAGAAGAUUUCUCUUUCUCCUUUCUCAACCACUGAUUCUGCAUAUGAGUGGAAAAUGCCCAAAAAGUCCUCGUUAGGUAGCAUGCCAUUUUCAUCAGACUUUGAGGACUUUGACUACAGCUCUUGGGAUGCCAUGUGCUAUCUGGAUCCUAGCAAAGCUGUUGAGGAGGAUGACUUUGUGGUGGGGUUCUGGAAUCCGUCAGAAGAAAACUGUGGCGUCGACACGGGAAAGCAGUCCAUUUCCUACGACCUGCACACAGAGCAGUGCAUUGCCGACAAGAGCAUAGCUGACUGCGUGGAAGCCCUACUGGGCUGCUACCUGACCAGCUGCGGCGAGCGGGCUGCUCAGCUGUUCCUCUGCUCGCUCGGCCUGAAGGUGCUCCCGGUGAUUAAGAGGACUGGUCGGGAAAAGGGCCUGUGCCCUGCCCGGGAGAAUUCCAGCAGCCAACAAAAGAACCUUUCAGGGAGCUGCGCUGCGGCCGGCCCUCGGCCCUCGGCGUGGAGGGACUUGGAGUACGGCUGUCUGAAGAUCCCCCCAAGGUGUAUGUUUGACCAUCCAGAUGCAGACAAAACCCUGAACCACCUGAUAUCAGGGUUCGAAAAUUUUGAGAAGAAAAUCAACUACAGAUUCAAGAAUAAAGCUUACCUUCUGCAGGCCUUCACGCAUGCCUCCUACCACUACAACACUAUCACUGAUUGUUACCAGCGCUUAGAAUUCCUGGGAGAUGCAAUUUUGGACUACCUCAUAACCAAGCACCUUUACGAAGACCCACGGCAGCACUCCCCAGGGGUCCUGACCGACCUGCGCUCUGCUCUGGUCAACAACACCAUCUUUGCGUCACUGGCUGUGAAGUAUGACUACCACAAGUACUUUAAAGCUGUUUCUCCCGAGCUCUUCCAUGUCAUUGACGACUUUGUGCAGUUUCAGCUUGAGAAGAACGAGAUGCAAGGGAUGGACUCUGAGCUUAGGAGAUCAGAGGAGGAUGAAGAAAAAGAGGAGGAUAUUGAAGUUCCAAAGGCCAUGGGGGAUAUUUUUGAGUCACUUGCUGGUGCCAUCUAUAUGGAUAGUGGGAUGUCGCUGGAGAUGGUGUGGCAGGUGUACUAUCCUAUGAUGCGACCACUAAUAGAAAAGUUUUCUGCAAAUGUGCCCCGUUCCCCUGUGCGAGAACUGCUUGAAAUGGAACCAGAAACUGCCAAAUUUAGCCCGGCUGAGAGAACUUACGAUGGGAAGGUCAGAGUCACAGUGGAAGUAGUAGGAAAGGGGAAAUUCAAAGGUGUUGGCCGAAGUUACAGGAUUGCCAAAUCUGCAGCAGCAAGAAGAGCCCUCCGAAGCCUCAAAGCAAAUCAACCUCAGGUUCCCAACAGCUGAAGCCCCUUUUUAAACUUAAAGACAACAACAACAAAAUAAAAUAAAAUAACAGAAUUAAGGGGAAAAUAUUUAAAUCGAAAAGAAUGAUUUAAGUUGGUAUUGAGCAGAAUGAAUGGAAGGCAGAAUUUAAAGUUUGAUAACAAGAUAGAUAACAGAAUAAAACAUUUAACAUAUGUAUAAAAUUUUUGAAACUAAUUGUAGUUUUAGUUUUUUGCGCAAACACAAUCUUGUCUUCUUUCCUCACUUCUGCUUUGUUUAAAUCACAAGAGUGCUUUAAUGACAUUUAGCAAGUGUUCAAAUAAUUAUUGACAGUUUUUUGUCUGUUUGGUUUUUUUUUUGUUUGUUUGUUUGGUUGGUUUUUUUGAGUUUGUCAGCUUUGCCUAGCGUUAGAAGGCCAUGGAGCUUAAACCUCAAACAGCCCCUAGAAUUCCAUAGCGUCCUGAACACCCUUCGGUGCAUGUGGUAGUGCCACUCCUGCGGGAGUCCUUGCCCCGAGUGGAGCGAUGCAGUCGGCGAGAGGAGGAGCGAGCAGGUGUUGGCUUUUCUUUCCAUUUGUGUUGUGUAAGGUGAAGUUCCAGGCGCUGUUGCACUUGAUGGUAAGGAGUGGAUUGUGGAUCAGCAUUGGCUGGCAUGUUGGUGAAUCAAAUUUGAGUUCGAUGCCAUGUGGUCCUACAUAAAAAAGGUUCUUGCCUUAAAAUUAAAACUUUCAUGAAUAUUCUUUAAUUUCUGAACAAACCAUUUACAUUCCCUUUGUUUUAUUAUGCAUUAGAUGUUGAGAUGGAGUCAGUUACAGCUCACUAGUAUAGUUGUUACUACAGGAUUACACUAGAAUUUCUGUCACAUGUAUUCCAAAGACAUUUUAAAAACCAGAAUAUGAAUUUUUUUUAACAUCAUAAUCAAAAUGAUCUUUGGCUAAAUACCCAGUUUUACUGAAAAUUUCCUGCUAGGUAGUUCCAGUGAUGGGAAUAUUUGUGGCAAGUGAUUUUGCCCUGUAGGCUGUCGCUCUAAUGAAAUAACCCUUAGACAUAUCACACCUGAACUAUGCUGCAGACUUUAUAAUUGGCUGGUGGUUUGUUGCAGAAGCAGACAGAGCACCUUGCUAUAGUCCUCUCUCCUGCGUCUCCUGCUGUGCUUUCCAGCGUGGCAUGCGCGUCUCCCCAGAGCUGUGCUGGCAGUGCCACGGGAGUGGAACGUUGGCGAUGGUCUGCCGUGACUUUUAUACAUCUGUGGUUUAGGUCAUUGAUUUAGAUAAACUAGCUCAUUAUUUCCAUCUUGGGGAAAAAAUUUAGGCAUUUGCCAGAGUUUCUUUGAUUAGACUUGUAGGCACUCUUUACUUCAAUACCUCAGUUCUUCUUUUCUUUUGCAUGCAUUUUUCCCCUGUUUGGUGCUAUGUUUAUGUAUUAUGCUUGAAAUUUUAAUUUUUUUUUGCACUGUAACUAUAAUACCUCUUAAUUUACCCUUUUUAAAGCUGUGGGUCAGUCUUGUGCUCCCACCAAAAUUCCAGUAGAAGUUUGCUGCAAUUUGCCCCAUUAAUUAUGCUUGAAGUUCAAGAAAGCUGAGCAGAGGUGUCUCGUACUUUCCAGCACAUCGUUUUGAAGUUGAUGCUUCAUGUAAUGCUGCAUUUACGUUUCAAUUACAUUUGGAUAUUUUUCUGUACCAUCCACUUGCAGAGAAGGACCUCUGCCCACGCACACAGCAGCUUUCAGCUCUGCUUCAUACUCAGCCCCAGGUGAAGGGGAUGUUGAGCUUCUCCAGUGUAUUUGUUGUCUUAAUUUGAGAUCUAAAUUCUUAGAGUUUUUGAGCAAAUUAAUCUAGGUGACUGAUUUUGAAAAUAAUUCUGAUGUACAAACCUUGGAUGUCUAUUUGAUUUAAAAAAAAAUAUUAGGUGCGAUAAUAUUAGGUAAAACCAAGCGAUUCCUGAAUUAUAUAACUAUGAAAGUGUACAGGUAACAGGUGAGGCUGGAUAUUAAUUUUACUUGUGGGGUGAUUUGUGGUCAUAUCAUGGCUCUCUUGAUAAUUUAUAAACUACCUGAUGCCAGGAGCUUUGGGCUUUGCAUUGAAUCUGAUGCAUUUAUCCCAGCGUUAGGGCGUUCUCUGGCUUCUUGGCUUUCAAAUCAGAUUGUUUCAGUCAUGAUUCCCGGUGGGAGAAAAUGCCUCAAUGUAUUUUGUAACCUUAAGAAAAAUAUUUUAUGAUCAUACUAAAAAAAGUUCAGACUCGCAUAUGAUUAGGCCAUACAUUCUCAGGGGCACGAAUUUCUUGCUACUAUUCAAAAUGUUUUAUCAACAGCAAACAUGAGCUACUACUAUUACUGCCCCUCUUUUUUUUCUUUGGAAAAAAAGAGCUGAUAUUAACAGUUUGAAGCAUUCUAUGAUCCCCUGGUGACUAAGUAAAAAAUAAAUGAACAAUAUUAUUUAGACACAUUAAAUGGUUAUGAACGCUUUUGUGCUGCUGAGUUUUCAUGCUGUCAAGUUUUCCCCAGUUUAGUUUGUUGACAUAUUUUGCAUCUGUCAAUUAAGAAAAAAGUCACUCUGUUGCCCCACUUUAAAACUGUGUGUGCAUCUUUUGCCCCUGCAAUGGCCAUGGGGGCAGAACAUGCCGUGGAAACGGGCUGGUGAGUGGGGCUGUCCCCGGCGCACGAUAAUGGACCGCUGAGGUGCCGCUCGGCAGAGCCACUGCAGGAACCCUGAUGGUGUGCAGGUCGGUUGGCAUGGACCUUCACUGUAAAUGUCUCCUUUCUUUCAUGAUAUAUUUUCUGCAGUCCUGACUAUGCUGCGUUUUGAAGAGCUUUCCCCCCCUGUUCUGUUCAUGCACAGAUGAGCGUUGCACUUGGUACAUGCUUUACCUCAUUUCAAGGAGAAUAUGCUUAACUGAGAGGAAAAAUGUGGUUUGGCCUUGCUGCUGUUUUGAUUUGCCGAAUUUGAAAAAGAUGAUUAUAAUGCCUGCAAUGUGUCAUAUACUUGCACAACUUAAAUAGGUCAUUUUCGUCUAUGGCAUUUUUACCAUUUGUGAAAGUAUUGCAAAGAUUUGUUAACUGAACUCUUAAUUAUGUUUUAAAAAUGUUUGUUACAUUUCUUUUACAUGUGUGAAAUGAUUAAGUUUAGAAUGACCUCUAACACUCCUGUAAUUAUCCCUUAAAAUACUUCUAUUUUUACUUUCUUAAUAAUAAUAGCCUGCCCUCAGAAAGAUUCGAUGCCCUGCCUGCGUAGCAAGAGUCUUGAGACGGCUCUGGCUCUGCGCGUCCAGUUCCCAGCUGCAGUUGCUCACCCGCAGUCGGCUCUUCCAGUCGUUUCCUGGCAGUGGGUGGUGGCCGCAGAAUACAGAGUGUAUUCAAGACCCGGGCCCACCCCACCACACUCUUAAGGCCCUGUUAAUGUAAAACUCUGUAUCCUGCUCGGUUAGGGCAUCUAAUCCUUUCCCGCAGAAGCGAAGGCCAGCAGAGACUGGCGUCUUUAUUUACCUGUGUCCGAGUCACGUUUGAGUCUGUAGCUGGUUUACAGUUGUCCGUGGAGGAGGAGCUCAUGCCGUGUGUACCACCCAUGUGGUUUUUUUAAUCACAUCUAAAUAGGUAUAUUUUUCCAGCCACUAAUUGCUUUUCUGAAAUUUAAUUAUUUCCAAAUAAAUUUUCUUAUUUUAUAUUGUACAUGAGAAGUUUUAAAGAUAUGUUUAAGACCAAGAGUAGUAAAAUGACUUUAAAAGUUGUUGGAGGUGCCAGUAGCAAUAUCUAGGGAAUUUGCAUUGAGACCAUUGUAUUGUCCACUAACGGUGAAAAUGAGCUUUCAGAACUAACUUGUAAAUAUGUUUUCAUCAUUGCUUGUUUUUUUCUAUCCAUAUUUGGACGUCAACCACAGACAGUUUAAAUUUUGUAGAUGCCCUCAAAAUUCACUGCAGCAGCAGGUUAUAUAGCAAAAAUGCAAAGGUGAACAGGAAGAAGAUCUCUGCCUUUUCUGCUGUAAAUAGAGUAAAGGAAAAUGACUAAAAUCAAGUAAUACUAAUACAUCAUUUCAUUGACAAUAGAAUCUUCACAUCACAUGCUGCAGCUGUUUUUUAAGGAACAUGAUGUAAUUCUUUCAUAGUAAUCAUGCUGCAGAAAUUUGCAGUCUGCACCUUAUGGAUCACAAUUACCUUUUUUUGUUUGUUUAUUUUUUGUUUUCUUUUGUAAUAAUUGUAGCCAAGUAAAUCUCCAAUAAAGUUAUGGUCUGUUCA